UCAACAAAUGAAAAAGGUGAGCUUCAAGACACGUGGACCAAGAGAAGAAGUUAGUUUGGAAGAUGUUUAGGUUAGUGAGACAUAGCCUACUAGCUCCAAGAGCUUUAGCGCAUCUAUUGAGACCAAGCCCUGUCUUCAGAGGACCUUUGAUCGCCCGAUCCCUUCAAGUAUGUCGUCUUCAGCACCAGCAAACGGCUUACAGAUCCCAAGAGAACACUGGCGGCAGAGACAGAGAGCAUACACAGCAGCGUCGUGGUAGACCCAGGGAAUUGUCUCGAUGGGGAACCUCAGAGGACAGUGUCAUGACCGUGUUUGAGGGUCUCCUGGCAGAGCAAGCAACCAACGGAGAGAGGCUCAGUCAAGUGAUCUUUGAGGUCAUGAAGAGUUGUGCUAAUCCAGCCCUACUGGAAGCACCAGCUACUAAGGCUGCAAUGGCAGCCAAGAUGUUAUCCAUGAUUAAGGAACAAGGUUUUCCACUGGAUGCGAGUGUGUACAACACGCUAAUACGGACGUACAAUAUCAUUCGCCACCCCUUCACACCAUCACAGCUCCUAGCAGAUAUGCAGGAGAAUGGAGUGGAGCCUAACCUGGCUACUUAUUCAUACCUGAUUGAGGGAUAUUGUCAGCAAGGCAACGUCUCUGGAGCCACUAAACUUUUGGAGCACUUGAAUGCAAACAACAUUGCUAUCAAUGAGUACGUCUACGCCUCCUUGAUCACUGGGCAUGCUCAGAAUGGGAACAUGGAGCAGGCAGAGGGUGUGUUGGAACUGAGCAAGACAAAGGGUUAUAGUCCCGGCUCUGUGGCCUACUCAGCACUCUUGUGUGCCUACGCUCAACAGGGAGACUUUGACGGCAUGCUCAAGGUACGUGAGCAGAUGAAGAGGGAGAGAGUGUUCAUCAGCAACACACUAUUAGUGAGGAGAGUCAUUGACACACUGUCCCUACAUGGACACAACCACCUGAUCCACGAUGUACUCGACCUCAUCAAGAGCAAAGUGUGGGUACUAGAAGAUCUUCGUCAGCUUGCAUGCACACUUUUCUUGCGUGGGGAGGUUGAGAGUGGUAUAGUCAUUGUUCGCUGUCUCGAGUCGUACAAUGCCGUCCCCACUGUGGUAGGGCAAGCAGCAGUACGAGGCAUGGUGUUGGCACAGCAACCACUCGAUGAAAUACUCGAUAUGAUUAAUCAGUUCUCAGAGAUGACAUCACUGAGUGUACCUGUCAAAGAUUGGAUAUUGUAUCGUGAAUUGGUGGGUUUAAUCUUUGAGAACAAACUGUCAACUGGAGAUCAAAGAGCAGAGGACAUAAUGAGUUCUGUUAUGGCAAUGAAGAAUUUAUCGCCUGUGGACAACUCGUAUCUCUACCCAGUGCUAGCACACUAUGCAGAGAAAGGGGACGUUGAAGGUUGCCUGGAUAUUUUGGAUUUGAUGCCGACUGUUGCGAGAAACAAGCACGACUUCUAUUCAGGAGUGUACAUGAUGAGAGCACUGAGUACUGCCAAAAUAUCUUUUGAAGAGUUCUUUUCAAGCAACCCUCGUUCAAACAUUGCUCUUAACAACCUCCUCCUUUGCUUGAGUGAUACAGGACGAAUGGAGAGCCUGGCACAAGUCUUACGCACGUGCACCAGCUCUGAAGAGGUUGCAGUCGGCCAGAUUCUGAAGAGGAUCUCCUUGGCAUUCAAAUACGCCUACCAGCCUGGGUUUCUGCGUGAGGUGGUCAAGGUGUACACUGCCCUACAUGCGCUGGAGCCCCGGCCAUCUCUCGAGAGAAGUGUUGCCAUUAUCAUUAACUCCUUCACAGGGAAAAAAGUCAGUCACGAUGUUUUGUACAAAGAUCUACUGGCGCCACUGAUUCAGGCGGGUGUCCCAGUUGGCCAGGCAGUGAGUGACCUCUUGUUUCUCUUGUAUCAGAGGAGAAGGCUGACAGAGUUCAAGAAGAUUUACAAUGAAGUUAAGGAUGUGGAGGGAAUAGAGCUCUCUCCAACUGUGUGCAAGAUUGCAUCAAUGCAAAGUACUCUGUCUGGGAUGUCACAAGUUCUUGAUUCCUCACAAAAGUUGCUACUGUAUAAUGAGCUUCAAGCUGACGAGGCUGAUGGGCAGAAAGGAUAUCCACUGCCGUCGUCAUGGGAAUGGGAGCAGGAAGUGAUCCGAUUCGUGGAAAUUUCUGACAUUGAUACAGCACUAAAGAUGAGAGAGGACAUGCUUCAACGGGGCUCCACAUUGAGGUUUGGAGUGUACAGCAAGUUCCUGGAGCACUACGCUCGUCAGGGGGAUGUAAAGAACAUGCUGAGUGAGCUAGAGGCCAUGAAGAAGGCAGAGUUCACUCCCAGCAUUGUCGAGUACCUCAACAUAAUGCUCUGCUAUGCUGUACAAGGCGAGCCCGAGGAGGUGCUCACAGUGAUGGAGGAGGUACUACAAAAUGGCUGGAAGCUCAGCAGUGCAACCACUGGUCACCUCAUAAUGGCAUACCUCAACAAAAACAGUCUUUCAGAAGCCUUGCAAGUAGUCCACGAUUACCGUGACAACGCCGCUCCGAAUGGGUACUAUCUGAAGAUUUUACUUAAUGAGCUUGUUAAGGAAGAGCGACCUCAGGAAGAAGUGGGUGUGGUUUUACAAGCCCUCCAUCAACGGCCCACACUGACAUCAGUAGACAUUGCUGAUAUUGAGCAAACUGUGUAUCUGAACAACCAGAGGAUGGACAAAGCCAGAGAGGUCAUGGAGAGAGAAGGCUAUCAAGUGAAGCAAGCCAAUCUCCUGACCAUGUGCAGAAGAUGGAAGACAAGCGGUCGAAUUGAGCUAGUAGCACAAGUGGCAGAGUUGCUCAGGGAGACUGGAGUACACAAGAAGAGUGCAAACAAUGCAAUGGCUGUCCUGUCCCUAUACAAUUUGCUGAAGGACAAAGAGGGUGCCCAGUCUCUGUAUCAAGAUCUUGUAGACAGUGGCUGCAAAGUCGAUAAAAGUUUCACUGAUCUCCUCUCGACGAAUGAGCAAGCUAAAUCACCAAGAAGACGCCGCAAGAGCAUAAAAACCGUCUCUACAGAAAACCUAGAUUGAACUUAAUUAUAAUUAUUACAUUUAGAGAAGUCUUAUCUAUCAGUGUAUCAAUAAAUUAUUGCAACUAUACAUGACAUUGUCCAUUUAUA